UAUACAUACAAUAUAAACACUUAUACGACCUUAAAGAUUCUUUAUCGCUACCCAUUUAGCGAUACGGCAUGCUUUUGAACAGAACAGAAUCGCAGAAUAUGAACAAACUUACUUCGGAUAGGCGAAGAUUCGCCAUCGACCAAGGAUUACAACCUGGAAUACCCCUUAUUUUAGAUAAGACCAACAAGCAUCGUAAAUCAGACGACGAAGGUUCACCGUCAUUAAAAAUAAGAUCUCAGGGGAUUGAUGAUGCCCUUACCAGACGCCUUACUGAAUUUGGUAAACGCUUACCAAAACGUAGCGAAUCGUUGGAAUUUGAUCCCGGAGCCAUCGAAUUAGAAUCCGAAUGGAAUGCUGUAAUAUCUGAUGAAGGCCUAUCAAAGAGCGAACGCCAGCAGCAAAGUGUAGUGUGGGAAAUUUUACACUUCGAGGCGAACUAUGCUCUUAAAUUAAAAAUUAUAGUUGACGUAUUCGUACGACCGUUAAGACAUUUGACGAAUGAACAUUUAUUAGGAGGUGUUGAUAUUGACAAAAUCGUUUUCAAUCUAAACGACGUCUAUGUACAAUGCUGUAGGAGGUGGAAUGACGUCAUAUCGCCUUUUAUAAGAAAAAUACGAGAGAGUAAGAGACCUGUUAAUUCAGCUAGUUUGGAAGAAUUGUACGAAUUCGGAGAUCUAUUCUUAGAAGAAUAUCAAUAUAAUCUUAAAAUGGAAAAAUGUAAGGAAUACAUCAAUGAGGAACGCGAGAGGAAUACAGCCUUUCAGAAAUUCUAUACCUGGGCGAAUAGUCAUACGAACUUGAACAAAUUGGAUGUUGCUAGUUAUUUAAGCAGUCCUAUGCAACAUAUAACACGGCACGUUUUACUUCUACAAAGAUUAUUGGAAUGUACCGACGAUGAGUGCGACAAACGUAAAUUAGGGUUGACUUUAAAUCGUAUUAAGAGUUUUGUAAGUUCAGUAAAUGAACAGAUACAAAUACAUGAUCAACAGGCCAAAUUACUUAAUAUUACGCAACGAAUAGAAAGUUUCGAUUUAAUAGACACUCAUCCGGAAGAAGUGUAUUUUCAUUUACAAGACGCCUUAAAAUAUGAUAUUUCUUCUCCUAUGGCGGUUUGCGGAGAACACUAUAGGAGGCGUCUAAUCAAAGAAGGAUAUCUAAAGAUGAAAGAAGGCGUGAGCGUAAAAUCGCAAGAAAUUAUACUCUUUCUAUUCACCGAUCUCGUUCUAGUCGCGAAACGCUCGAAAAAAGCGGAAAGUAGAGUUAGGGUAAUCAAGCCACCCAUGAGGUUAGACUUGGUUAAGCCUAUAUUUCUCAAAGAUACUAUGUUCUCUUUAGCAUAUAUUAAUGAGUUUGGUUGUGUUAAUUGUGUCUACACUUUUACUGCAAACAACAGUAAAUGGUACGAAGAUAUAACGAACGCCAAAAAAGCAUAUGUAGAAUUGUGGAGUGGGAGGAGAAACUCUAGCCUUAUGGAAUACCCUGUUAGUGAGAAGGUUAGUUCCACAGAACUUUUAUCUCAGGUUGCGUUAGAAGAAAAAGCGGCAGAAAGACUUUCAAAUAAUGUCAGUAUGAGUAUGGAGUUGUUAGACACGUCCUCAUCCGGCCAUGUGGAACAAACAGAAAUCAGGUCAAGAGCAGCAACUGUGAGUGGAGCCAGGAACAAACAACUUUCACCAAGGAUAGAUCAACUACGGCAUGUCUUCGCAACCGAUCGAUUAUCCGUCAGUUCUUCAUCUUCCGAUUUGGACUGCAUAGACGAAGAAACGAAAUCGAAAUUAAACCAUCGACGAUUGUCCAGAGAUAAACGUUAUUGGACUGCCAGUACUACUCAUGACUUAAAUCAACCGCCCAAACCGGAAUGUGCUAUCCAAAAACGCUAUUCAUGGAAUGGGAAAGGGGAAGAGGAUAAAACAACGUUAUCUCAUUCAUUAGCAUCCAGCUCGUUCAUUUCGUCAACAAACGUUUUUACUCCCGCUAGUCUACAUACCGACGAUCAUAAGCGAAAGAUAUCACCAAAGGAAGUUCUACGCUUACUUCACGACUCUCACCUCGAAGCUUCAGACGUCUGAAGAUGGCGCUACAUUACCCUUCUGUUCAUUCUUCGCCAAAAUAAUAAACGCUCUACCAGUAAAAUGAAACUGGCCAAUACUAAUCCAGUUAAGAAAAGAGAAAACACUCCCUCAAAGUGCAAUAUUGUGGCCACAACGGAUGAGCCAUUAUUGUUUGCCUUUAAACUACAAAUGUCCUUCGGAUAGAAUUCGUCCUUCCACUUGUCUAUCAUUCCUGUUUCCCUCAUUUUCAAUAUUUUCGAGUUGAAUGCUUCAAGAUAAUUUGAACCCUUACCAAAUAUAAAAGCUUGAUAGGAUGGGAAAAAUUGCUCAUCCGCCAUUUUUAAUAAACAGUCACCGUUAUAAAGCGACCGUAUAACACCAGAUUUUUCUGAUAGAUAAACAUAAUUUCCAGUUAAAGCCCGCUGAAUUCCUUCUGCAUGUGAUUGUACUCGAUUCCUUGAAAAGCCUAUACUAUUUCUUAAUAAGGUAUUGUAAACGCCAUUAGUUGACGCCUGAAAAAGUACAUGCAAGGCGGAAGCCUCCAAAAGACCAUAGCUAAAUCUACUUUGUUCGGCCAAAUCCCUCAAAGUUGAAAUCUCUAAAUUAGGCUUUGGUUUUGUAAAGAACGCUAUCAAAUUACCAUUAUAUAUGGCACAGAUCAUUAUAGAAAACAGCCAAACACAACUAAUGAUCGAUUUGAAACCUACACGUAGAUUAAUAGAUAUCUUUUUAAAUAAGUUAUAACUCCUCCAUGACAGUUAAUCAAUUUAAUUCAAUUAAAUUAGCUGAAUGAACAAGUCUAUGGGAGGGCUAUCCAAUAGAGCUAUAAUAUCUAUUGAUCUACGAUCCUGUUCUUAUCAAUACAUCAUUACCGCUUUGCUUUAAUAGGGCACCCGAUACUAACCAAAUUGACCUUGCGAACAAUGAAAAUAGAGAUUUUUUCAUAUUUCCUUUCUUCUUCACCGAAUAAAACUCGAAAAUUGAAUAUACGAAAGAAAUUAUUGGAAUGCAUAGACCAAUAAAAAGCCAAACUUGCCAAGAGAAAGGUUUUAUAAAGACAGUACUAUAGUCUAUAUAUUCUUUUCUUCUCAUUACCAUAACCGAGUUUUCUUGCCAAAAAGGAACGCUAUAAUCUAUUACUUCCGAUCUCUCCUUAUUGACAGUAAGCUUACCUAUCGCAAAAUCAGAUUUCUUGAAGAAGAGGAUAAAGGAAGAAAAACAUAAAUACAUAUUAAUUUACAUUUUAUAUCUAAUUAAAACAUAUAGUAAAUACUUUAUCUAUAACCAUUCGCACUAAACCAUUCCACUCUCCAUUCUUAUCUACUGAACCAAAUUUUCUAUCUGGUGCUUCCGUUAAUUUAUAGGUAAAAUUAAACGAUUUAGCCAAUUCAUUUAGCAUAUUAAUACAGAUUCCUUUCCAAGUUACUCUUCCAAAUUUAUCAACUUGUCUCUCGUGGAAUAUCUCCAGCUUGAUACAAAAAAAACCCUUUAAAUUUCCACUUUAAAAUAAGUAUUUAAAGAUUUAAUUCCUUACAUUUACUGAAC